AAAAACCAUCUUCACUUCUAGCUACCUUCAAGUUUUCAACACAAAUCAGUAAACCAAAAAUACAUUUUUAGUUUCAUUUUUGCAGAAAAAAAGAGAGGCCGAAUGACGAACUCGUUUGUGUUCCCAUGCCUUCUUCUUCUUCUUCUUCCUCUCGUCGCAGCCCAACUCCGAGUUGGUUUCUACAACUCUACCUGCCCGCGGGCAGAACUCAUUGUCCGGAAAGUGAUUCAGGAGCGAUUCCGCGAUAACCGUACCAUUACAGCAGCACUGCUUCGCAUGCAUUUCCAUGACUGCUUUGUUAGGGGUUGCGAUGCAUCCGUACUCAUAGACCCAACAAAGACCACCCCAUCCGAGAAAGAUGCAGUGCCAAACCAGACGGUACGAGAAUUCGAUCUCAUCGACAAGGCCAAGAAAAAACUGGAGGCUGCGUGCCCGGGAAUCGUCUCGUGCGCCGAUAUCAUAACGCUGGCGACCCGAGACUCCGUGGCUCUGGCCGGAGGACCGAACUACUCGGUGCCAACCGGGAGACGUGACGGCCUGAUCUCGGACCCAAACCUCGUGAACGUACCGGGGCCGACAUUCUCCGUGUCAGAGGCGUUGCAAUCCUUUACCGCAGUAGGGCUAACCCUGUUUGACAUGGUGACUCUUUUGGGCGCGCACACGGUUGGCGUUGCGCACUGCGAUUUCUUUCAGAACCGGCUCUCCAACUUUGAGGGCACCGGAAAGCCGGACCCUACUAUGGAUCCGGCUCUGGUGUCAAAGCUGUUUAGCCUUUGUGGGACACAGUCAAGGCCUUUGAAACAUGAUCUGACCACGUUUUUGGACCGGACCACCCCUUUCAUUGUUGAUAAUCAGUACUACAAUGAUAUUCUUUCGGGGAGAGGGAUAAUGCAGAUUGAUCAAGAACUUGCAUUGGAUGAUUCUACAGCGUCUUUCGUGUCGGGUUUUGCGAACGACGCCCUGGGAUUCCAGCUGAGUUUUGCGAAUGCGUUGGUUAAGAUGGGGAGCAUUGAAGUUCUUGUUGGAAGCGCUGGAGAAAUUAGAAAGAAUUGUAGAGUUUUCAACUAAUUAUUAACCCACUCAAAAAGAAAAAUGUAGGUUUUUUUUUUGUCUGAUAAUUACAGGUCAAUUUACGCACACCUCAAUUAA